GUUUUGGUCAAUUUGGGCUCAACUGGGGGCAUUUCAGUUCUUCUUGAAUCCAUUUGGUGCUGUUUGUUUCAGUGUGCUUUGGGGCUCUGUGCCCCCAUUUGGGGCUUAUUUGGAGCCGUUUGGAUCCGUUUGGGCCUUUCAGCAAUGGAUGCUGAUAAGGCACUAUUUUGCUUUUCACGCCAUGUAAUAAUUUCAGUCACAUUCUGCGUUUCCUUUCUCCUUCCCGCCCGCUCUACCAGAACAGGACGGGCAGAUCUCAGCUCCACGAUCCAACGCUUUCACACUAUGACGACAGGAGACCAACAACCAAAUUCCCCACAGCACGAAGCAGCGCUGUUCUGCCCAGGAGGAGAAAACCAACGAUCCAAAUGGGGCUGUAAAUGGAACGUGGUUGGAAGGAAAAGCUGCCACGUGCUCUGCGUGGGUUUGUGUGCAGUGCCAUGGAUCCUUGUCCUGGUGCUGGUGGCUGUGAUAGUGCUCCAGCGUCCGUCGUGCUCACCUUGCCCACAGUUCUCCCACGUGUGCCCCAACGCCUGGGUCGGUUUCCAAGGGAAAUGCUAUUAUUUUUCGAACAACGAGAGUGACUGGAACAGCAGCAGGGAGCACUGCCAGCGCCUCGGAGCUUCCCUGGCCACCAUAGACACCGCAAACUGUUGGAUUGGGCUGCACAGGGAAGAAGGGGACGAGCGCUGGACAUGGGCCGAUGGCAGCGCCUUCACCAACUGGUUCCAGGUGCGAGGUGGAGGCCAAUGUGCGUACCUGAACGGGGACAGGAUCACCUCAGGUCUCUGCCACGUACAAAAAUACUGGGUCUGCAGCAGAGCCGACAGCUACAUCCUCUGGAGGAAUGGGACAUAUCCACAGUGACAGAUGCCAUCCGCAGCGAGCUCAUGCCAGUGCUGCUGGGCACUCUGGUGCCAUCGAUGUCUACUGGAAUCUGCCUCUUUCCAGCACUCCUGCAGUUGUUCCAGCAUGGAACGACGCAGCUCUCCUCCUCGUUCUCUCUCAGGAAAUAUGCCUGUUGCACUGUGCCUUAAAGGGAGGGUCCUUCCACGGUCCUUGAAGGUCACAGCACCGUGGGACGGUCGGGUCGCAAGGGUCAGGAUCGCUGCCCCCGACCCCUCCUGCAAGGACCUGGAGCAGCGCACCCAGCAGUGUGAGCACAGCAGAGAGCAGCGCUCCGUCCCGCCGUGCUCAGCCACUGUUUCAUGCUCCAGGUUUAGGUUUUAUCCUGUACAGUUAUCACCACUUACACUAUUAUUUUUAUUCUUGUUGUUCUUCUUUUAUUUAAAUAAUUUAUUACAUUAUUUAUGUGGUAAUUCAAUAUCUUUAGACAACCUAAUAUGCUAUACCAUAUAGAACAGUAUAAUGUUUCUAGUUAUAAUAAUAACUGCCCCAAGUCUCCCUUUAUUACCAUUUUUGUCAUUACAUUCCCCAUUUUUUACUUCACUGUUAUUAAUCCCAUUUAUUAACGAUCCUUGCCCUAAUUCCCCCAAGUUUUAUCACUCCGUUGUUAAUACUGUUAGUAAUAAUGCUGUUGCCAUUAAUAAAAUUUGCAGUAAUUUGA